AUGAGUCAAGAGUCCAGCCACAACAAACCUGUCACCCCUGCUGCGCAUAUUAAGGGGAGGAAGAAGUCCAAUCGCCUAACUAACAUCGAGACCUACAUGAAGGAGAUGAGGAAGGACAUUAAUGAAUUCCAUGACCAGAACAAGGAGGUCGGAGGAGGAGCUGAGAAGACCUGCACAGGAAGGCAGCGAAGGCUAGAAGAGUGGCGCCAAGAACAUGGAGAUAGUCAACAAGGCGGACCCCAAUGCCGAGGCAAACUUCAACGUGAAGGACGGGACGAUGACGAGGGUGAGAGUCAUCCCCGAUCUCCUAAUGGAAUGGACCAUGAGAAGCUGCAAACUUUCGAGCCUAGCCUUCGCAACUCAUUCUCUGGUUUCUCUUGCAUGCCAACUGAAAGCCAGAGGGAAUACCUUGACCUAAGGGAUUUGCUUGAGGCAAAGAAAGCUCAGUACAUUCGACCUCAUAAUCGCGAUCGUGAAGUCGAUUGUGAUCGUGAAGUCAAUCAUGGUCGUGAUCGUGAGGUCGAUCGUGAUCUGUAA